AUGCUGCAGCCCCACCCCCGCGGAACGAAGGGUGCGCAGCAAAAUGCGGCGCCAGGCUUGUCAGGGUUGUCCUCGGGGGCCUUGGGCCUGUCGGGCGCAGCCGGUUUGGGCUCCACUGGGCCUUUUCUCCCACCGCCGUCCCGUCACCACAACGGCGUCUCGCACGCGUCGUCGCAACCCCACGCGGCCGCUGCCUCCUCGUCUUCUCUCCCUGCUCAGGCUGCGCACGCCCACGGAGGUCUACGCGCCGUAGGCACAGCCGCCGCGGUCGGCCUCCCUGGCUCGGGCGGGGCGUUUGUCCCCUCGUACGCGUCUUCGCUCUACGCUGGCCACCAUGCAGGGGCGGCGUCCACAGCGAAGGGCUCGCGGCACAUGCAUGGGCAUGCAAUGGGGGCCGCCAGCGUCGGGAAUCACCUGGCUACGCCUCUACAGGCAGGCGCCGCCUACGCAGUUCAUCCCGCCCUCGAGCUCCUGGAGCUCCAAAAAAACGCCCAGAUGGCUGCAAAGCAGACAGGCGCGCCGCCCGACGCCGGCCUCGUCAUCGUCGGCGUCCACCACCUCGUCCACCCUGCUCCGGACGAAGACGCGCCGCUCGCCAGCGGCUCUCUCUCUCCGCAGCGAGACGCAGGCGAAGAUUUUGUUGAUGUUUUGGAGUUUCCGGACCACGCCGUCAGUCUGCGACACGUUCUGCUGCUCGGCCCCGGCGAGAAGAUCCACCCGAACGUCGAUUUUGAGGGCCAGUCCGACCCCGCGCCGGCAGACUGCGAGAUUCGGGCCUUUGCACGCGUGCUCCCAGUCGUCUCCGAAUAUACGGCGACGGCGAGAAAGGGACGACCCACAGCGCAAUACCGCCUGCUGCAGCCAAACGAAGCGGUCGCCGCCGAGGCCGAAGCCCGUGCGGCGCAGGCUGCCGAAGGCGCGAAACCCAUCCCGUGGACUGUCCUCGAAAUCGAGAGAACUGGGGCGAGAAGCGAGGCAGAAACAGACGCCGAUGACGUGGCCGUGGACCAAAUCAUCGUCUGCGGAAAGUACCGCACUCUCUCUGUCGUCCUCUUCGGACACGUCCUGGACGGCAGCACCUCCAAGGCCUCGUACAUUGCUGACAUCAACGCCCGUGUGGGUCGUCCCGCAGCGUCUCCGUCCUUUGUAGAUGUGCCCGCGCCCGUCGCCGGUCUGGCUAGGCGGCCUUCGCGCCUCGCCUCUCCGCUCGCUCCCGGCGCAAGCUCCGCAGCCUUGCCCGUCCUUCUGGGCCUCCACGGGUUGCCAGGAGAGCGAGCGGUGGCGGCGGGGGCUCUGCUGAACGCGCUCGUGAAGAGCGCGCUGCUUGGGCCGAUCGGCGAGAACCUCGAGGCGUGGCUCAGCGAAGCGAAGGCAGCGUCGAAGAAGGCGGACGCCCGGCGCGAAGACGCGGACUCCGGCGAGCUGGGCAGCAAAGAGAAGCGACACGAGAAGCGGGAGGAAGACGGGCUCCACGGAGGCUGCGGCGGGGCGCCGGAGACACCUGGCACGGGAGACGCGCAGGGAGGUAGCGAGAGCCCAGUGGAGGGAACUCUCAAACGGAAGAGACAGACGGGGAGCGAGGGAGUGCAGGCGCGAGAAGAAAGAGAAGGCGCGGACGAAGCCGCCGACCCCAAAGGUAGAGGCGCGGCACCGAACUCAGACGCUGGGAACGCGUGCAGUGAGGAGGACGUCCUCAUGGGUGACGGAGACGACCAGGGAGAGAGAGGACGAACUGAAGAAAAGGCAGCAGACUCUCGUCGCGCCCGAGACGAAGAGAUGGACGCAGCUGAUUCAGACCCGAGAGAUCGAGAGAGAGAUGGAGAUUGCCUUUCCGUGGACCAGGAGUCGGAGAUGGCGGAUGCGAAAAAGGGCGAGACAAAAAGAGACGAACGUGGCCCGCGGGGGACCGAAGACGAAAAGGGGAAAGGGGCGGGGGCGAGUGCCAGCGACGCGUCUGACACGCAGCGUGCGGGAGAGUCUCCGAGCGCUCAGUCUGGGACUGUGUCCGAAUCGCAGCGCGCCGACCAGAGUGGGGACGCGACCUCCAGGCUUUGCAACGAGGAGCCUUCCGACGACGGGAUCGGGGCGCCGAGUGUGCGCGCCGGCACGGUUGUCUUGCAGAAGCACCGGGAAGAUGGGGGAGGCUACAGCACACCACGCAACCGGUCAGGUGCGGAGACAAAACGUGGAGGCUGUCCUUGGCCUUCGUCUCUGGCUGUGGACAUCCCGUCUGCGCCGUUUUGGGUGGAGUCGCUUCAGCUCGUCUCGCGUUUGUUUUCCGGAUUUGUUUCGUCUCCAGACGUCCCUCUCGCUUCCGCGUUCGCGCCCGCCCUCUGCGCCGCGGGGCCCUUCUCACCGGAGCUUCUCCUCCUCCUCGCAGCCUCGUCCUGCGGGGCCUUGGAGGCGCUCGUGCUCGGCCCCAAGGCCCGAGAGGCGCGGCGGCUGGCCCUGGCGCGAGGGCGAGGGCCGCGUUGGGGCGAAGCACGACAGGGUGAAAUGGGUGUCGGGGAGAAAACCGCUGUGCUGGAGACAGCCGACGAGGAAGGUCUGAAGGAGACCGGGGCGCGGUCGGGGACGGAGAAGCAGCUGAAAGAGGCCGGGGACGGAUUCAGCGAGAACCGACUCUCAGAGACAAGCUGCGCCGGCGGAGACGCCGCGGACAUCGCCGCGAAACUGCUGGGCCUCGACGGGCGCGUCCGGUGCGCCUUGGCUGAGGCAAGGGCCACGUGGGAGGCACGAGCCGCUGGGGGACGGCGAGGGAGGAGCGGAGCAAAGUCGGAGCCGGUGCGUGGAGACGCGCUUCCUCUCGAAGAAGGCCGGGCGCCGGGCGAGAUGAAGCAUGAAGCCAAGAGAAGGACAGAAGAGAGGCUCGACGACCCGGAGGCCUCGCCCCGAAAAGUGUUCUUCUCGGAUGCGCAAGUGAAGGAAGAAGAGGUGAACAACGCGUCCACCGCGUGUGAAACAGUCGCAUCGGGCGCGAGGUCGUCGGCUGCCGCCGGCGCCCCGGCGUCCCUGUUUGUCUCUUUUCUCUGCCCGAGCAGUGCGGCGGGCGGCGCCGGGGCAGUGGGAGGCAACUCGCUUCUCCUUCUCGUUUUGAAGCUGCUGCGGAGACUGGCACUGCUUCGAGAGACGGCGCGGCUGCUUGUUGCCGAGGGGGCCGUGGAGCUUCUCAUGUCGAUUCUGGUCGAGUCUCCGAUUCUUCCGGGACGAUGCGGCCAGGGCAGAAGGCCGGCGGAACGGACGGAGAACGGGGAGCGAGAGAAGCGCGACGCCGACCUCGCGAAGGAAGCUGGACAAGAGAAGAUCGCAGCUAGAGGCUGGAGAGUCAGAGUCGAGGCGCUGAAAUCCCUCCUCGUUCUCGUCUCGCACGUCGAAGGCAUGGAGAGGUUUCUCGGCUGGGUGAGCUCAACGCAGAACCGAAGCGAGGGAGGAUCGCGUGCUUUGGUUCAGCGACACUUGCCGCUGGAUCUCGGCUCGUGUGGCAGUUUGUCUCCCUCGUCUCGCCGUAAAUUCGCGUUUCCUUCGGCGAUGCUUAGGGUCGGAGAUGAAGAGAACCGAGUGAUCUUCCGCCUGUGUCUGGUUCGCGCUCAGCCGCCUCCACGGCAGAGGCCCGGGGAGAGAGGCCGCGCCGGUUCCACUCAGGUGCAAUCGCACGAAGGCUGGCAGCCCAGAGUGGACGGAGACGCCACGUGGCGACUGCGUGGCCCCCCGGAGCGAAAACUCUGUGGCGUCGUGUGUCUCCGCGGGUGUAUCUGUGUGCAGGAUCGCGGAGAGACUGGCGAGGCUUCCGACCUCGCUCCGUCGUCGAGUCCGCCUGUGCCAGAGGGCGCGGGCACGGGCGAGGCAGGAGACUUGAAACAAGAGGAAGAAGAGAAACAGGCGAGCUUGUACUCCCGCUUUCUCCAAGCCCUCGCUUCUCAUCUCUCCUUCAGCCGCUACCAUCUGAAACGCCUGGCCGCGGUUUUGCUGUCCCGGGUCAAAGCGUACUACCUCUUGGCUUCCCUCCAGCAAGUAACUGUCUCUCUGCUCCGCCCGUCCCCUUCCGCCUCUUCUUCCUCUUCUUGCUCUUCGUUUCUUUCGUCUCUGUCGUUCGCGGGGCCACGCACGCACUCGGACGGCUUGGGGGCGACGGGCCCCGGAGACGCCCAUCUUCUCCGGCUCCUCUGCCGAGAGCGAGGGGCGACGUCGACUGUCCAGCAGUUUCUUCUCGACAAAGGAGACUCCUGGGUCUCCGUCGCCGCCGACACGAUCGAGGCCGUCAACCUCCAGCUCCUCCACCAAACGCUGCCUGCCUCGGCGAUUGCUGCCAGCCGAGACGAACGGGCCGAGGUGGAGCUUUCUUGGCCGCUGACGCCCUCGAGGCCAUGGAGCGCGGCGGCGCUUGUGGUCUGCUCGCGCCCUUCCCUGCCUCUGCAUCUUCAGCGUUUCCUGCAGGCGCGGCUCGCGGUCGCGUCCUUCGCGGUGCUGGCCCAGUGCCUGUACACCCGGCUGAGCCUUGUCUUGUGCCCGUCGACGGCCGAUUUGCGGCUUUUCUCGAGUCUCCGCAGCGUCCUCCUGCUGUUCUUGCGCGCGACCAACGGCGCUCUCUUUCUGGCCUCGAACGUGGACGCGACGCAGGCGCUGCUCUUCCACUUGGAAGCGACUGGGCACGCCCUCCUCUCCCGCUGCGCCCUGUUGCCGGACCCCUUGAACAGCGAAGACCAGCCUCUCUCGCUGUCUCUCAAACAGCACCUCCUCGCGCUCGCGACUCCACUGACCUCGCACCCGCCGCACCGACCGCUCUCGGCCCUCGGCUUCGCGCUGGGGCCCGCGCGCCUCGCCUUCACUUCCCCGGCCGCCCGAUCGCCCCUGGAAUGCAUGCGCGCGCUCCUGGCGGCUUGUCGAGGCGGCGAAGACCUCGAGGCGGCUGCAGGCCCGCUGGACUGGCUGAGCUUUUUGGGCCCCGCCGAGCAGGGCUUUAUCGAGGGCCUGUUGCCGACGAAGAAAGAGGAGGAAGCCGCCGUGAUGGCGAUGCACGUGGCCACGUCGACGCGUCUCCACCUCGCGGCUCUCGCCCUCUUGGACCGAUUCCUCGAGACGCCGCUUUUCACCUCAUGGCGAAAACCGCAAACAUCCGGAAAAGGCGCGGGAGAGAUGCGCAUCGACGUCGACACGCUAGCUGCACUGGAGAGCAUGGCUGGGACUCCCGGCGGGCGCCAGGCGGUCGCGGCGGCCUUUCGACUGCGGCAUGCAGACGUAUUCCUCGCGAUGCUCCUGGUCGACACCGUGGCGUUGCUGACUGAGGAUCCACGAGGCGACAAGAGCGAAGCGGCCUCGCCUUUAAGCCGGGGCCCGGGGUCGGGCCCCUGUCGCGCCUCUUCUGGAAGUGGAGGAAGCGCCUGGAACGCAAGCGCGUCUCUCCUUCGCUCGUCAGGCCUCUCCGUGGAGCUCCUGGCAGGCCUGAGAAGCCUCGCCCUUCUCGCGUGGCAGCUGGUCGUCGAGGACGACUACGCGUCGUUUCUGCUGCCUUGUGGCCCGCUUCUGCUCGUUGCGCUGCGCCCGCUCGCUCUCCUGAGCGCGGAGGUGAGCGGAGACGAAGAGCAGGAAGACGGUCGCCCGCUGGCUGCGACAGGCGGCGCAGAAGACGGCCGGCCCGGCGCUGCAGAGAACAGGAAAAACAGACAGGAAGACGGACGAGGCGAGACAGAGGACGAAAGCUUUGGCGCACUUGCUGGACAGGCUCAGGCCUCGAGCUUCGUCAAAGUGGAGACGCACUGCGGCCUCGAGACACUCCUCCGCGGCGAUCGGGAACUGCGUUUAAAGAUCGUGUCUCUGUACGAGGCGCUGCUGCCGCUGUAUGUCAGCUCGGACCAGACGGCGGCGUCUCUGCCGUCUCCUUCGUCGUUGCUCAUGUCGACCGCUCCGCUGCCUUCGCCGCCAUCGCCCCGAGCGCUGGUGGACUCGAUCCGGUGCCUCGACGCGCCCUGCGCCCUGCGCGUUCUCCAGGCCGCCGCGGCGUCGGGGGCGGGGCCCGCAGGCCCUGGGGCUCCAGUGGGCCGGUUGGGCUCUUCGACCGCGCCCGUCGCCGGGGCGGCGGGCCCUGGGGCCGGGACGGGCCCGAACGCCGGGCCCGGAGGCCGAGCGUCUCCGGCAGUCGUGUUUGGUGGCAUUGACGGCGGGCAAGGCAUCGAAUUGAUUGACGUGGCGUGGGGCACAGAGGUGACGGCCGCGCCUUGCGCCUCGAAGAAAGGCCAGACCGUGCCGGCGACGUCCGCGCCGGGAACUCCCGAAGCGUGGGAAGUCGAAGGAGACACGCCGCCACAAGUUGCGCCGCUGAGCGCGCUGUUGGCGGCGCGGCUCCUGACGCUGUAUGUGCGACGUUGCCCCCACGUGUUGCUGUUUGCCGGCCCCGAAGAAAUCGAGUAUUUCCUCUCUUCCGAAGACGGUCAGGACGCGGCAGUGGGCCCUGCGAGCGGGAAGGACGCGCGAGACGACGGCACGCAGUUCCUCGCCAAACUCGCGGUCGAAGACGACGGCGACGAAGACGUCGCCGCCUGGGGAAGCGACCGCCUCGACAGAGACGGCCUCGGGCCGAUCGAGCGCAGUCUGCUGGCGGUGCUGAAGCAACGCACGCAGGCGCCGGAAGCCGAGAGCGCGGAGGAAGCGUCCGGGUGUGUGAAGGAAAGUCUGUAUGCGCGCGUGGGGCUGGCCAACGGGGUACCGACGCAUCCCGGCCUAGGGCUCUUUCUGCUUUCGGCCGACGGCCAGAAGGCGCUCGUGUCGUGCCUCGCCCGGUGCGUGGCACUGCUGGAGCCGCCGGCAGGGAACCUCGCCACGAUGGCGGAUUGGCAGGUCCAGGGGCCCAGCAUGCACGCGUGGCUGCAGGCGCGCCAGCAAACCUUGCCGCUCGUUCGCGCUCUCCUGAUGCUACUCUACAACGUCCUGCACGGCCUCACGCGCCCAGUCGCCGACGAGGAAGACACGGCCGGGUACAGGAACCUCGAUCUCCUGCAGCUGCUCCUGCUGCUCACAGCGCGGCUCUUCGCCAUGGGCGACUGGGUCGGAGGGGCUGCGUGGGAAGCCGAGGCCCGCGCCGUCGCGGCGGGUGGGGAGUGGGGACCGAACCAGCCCAGCGGGGCGACUCACGCCAAGCGACGCGGCCGGGGCGGGGGUUCCCGCUCGCUUGCCGAGCAGCAACUCGACGCCGAGAACCUCGCCCUUCCGCGAGACGACGUGGGGGCAAGAGUGGAAGAAUCCGCGAAAUGCAGCGCAGGCCAGGCUGCAUCACACGUACCCUUCCCUCGCCUGCUUCCGCCCUUCUUCUUCCCGCCGCUCUCGCCCUCGCCGGAUGCGAACUCGCCCGCGGGCCCGUCGGCGUCCGACGCAGGCGCCGCCGCGAGGACUGCCCGGUGGUUGACGGGCGUGGAGGCGUUGGGGCACGGAGACACCUGUCUCCAAGUCCGCCUCUGUCUGGCGUGGUGCUGUCGUCUCUUUUUCUUGUGGUUCCAGAACUUCCGAGAGUCGCAGGCUUUCCUCGUCAAGCACUUGAUUCGUUUCGGAGCCGCCGCGCUCCCGUCGCUCCAGCAAGCUUCUCUGCUGCUGCUCACUUCGCUCGCGUCCUUCGCCUCCAUCCUCCCUGCGGCGCCGCACUCCUUCCACUUGCUGCCUUCGCCGCGGCGCCCGCCGAUCUGCGGAGGCGGCGUCACUCCCCUUGAGCUCGCCGGCGCCGCCGCGGAGGCCAAGCGCGACCGCGAGAAGGUCGCGGACUCGCGAAACAAACGCGGCAACGCUUGCCAACUGAGCGCGACAGUCGCUGCGAUGCUGCCGCCGACCGUCACGCUCUCCGCGCGCGUGUUAUCCCUGCUUGACAUGUGCGCUCUGGACUGGCGCGUCGAGCCUGAGAAGGCUGAAGGAGCCGAGGAAGACAGCGACCGCAGCGGCGCCAAAGCAGGCAAAGGACUAUGCGGUGCAAUCCUUGGAGGAGGCCGAGGCGGGAAACCAGAUCCUGAGAGCCGCCCGCUCUACUUCUGCUGCGAAAUCGACCUGACGGACGAAAUCGCCGCAGCCGUCUCCUCCUCGUCUUCUUCGCUCGGCGCCGCCGCUGUCUUCGGCUGCCUCUCGAUGGGCGACGAAGGCAUCGUUCCCAUGGAGGACUGCGGAACUGCAGGAAAAACGAGACCCGGAGACGACGAAGACGAAGACAUUGCUGACGUCUACCGCCUCCUCAAGGAGACACUCUGGGGCGGCUCGGCGGCACCAGCAGGGCCAGAGGACGAAAAAGACGGCGCUGCGCCCGACGACGACGACGACAAAAACGAAGUCUCCUCGCUCAGACGGUGGAUGCGAGAGAACGAAGCCAUCCGCGUGGAGGAGCUCGUGGUCCUCGUCUCUGUCGUGACUCGAGCGGCCGUGUCGUCGUCGGCGGCUCUCCAUUCGCUCGGCGCGCAUGCAGCGGCGCAGCUCGCCGCACACCGCUUUCCUGUCUACUCGCUGCUCUUCGAGUGUAUGGACACCUUGUUGGACAGUGUUCUGCUGCAGUUCGCGCAGGACGAAGAGCGCCGCAGAAGCGCAGAGGGGCGGGAAAAGACAAGCAAGACGCAGCCGACGGCCGCGGAAGAGCCGGAAGGUGAAAGCAACAGAGAUGGCGAGGACGCCGAACUGGACAGCGGAGACGCCGGAGCAAACGGUGACUCGGGAGAGGUCUUUGCAUUUGUGCCCUCGUCGCGCGCUCUCGAGGCCGCCCGGUGUCUCUGCCGUCUCCUUCUUUUCAUCGAGCAUCUCGUCGCGCUGCAGGCGAAAGCCUCGUCGACUGCGCUGCCGGAGCUGGAGCGACUGGUCGCCCUCCCCUCGACGCGUCUCCUCCAAGUCUGUCUCGCCCUCCUGUCUUCCUCGGCGCUGCUCGCGGCGGCUGGUGAAACCGGCGACUCUCUCGCCGCCGCCCGGGCGACUUCUUCCGGGAAGAGCGAGAAGCUCGGGGGCCAGGACGCGAGCGCAGGCGUGAACGGCGAGUCGCGGCAGAGCCGGAGUGUGAAAGCCGUGUCUCAGGCGCUGCUGCGGUGUGCGAUUCGUCUCGCCACCAACAUCGUCGUCUCUUACCAGCGUCUCGUCGACAGCGCUCGAGAGGUCGUGGAGAGCCGCGAGGCGUUCCCCGCCUACCAGGAGAACGAGCAGAAGGCAGUCGAGGUGCCGAACCACCUGGCGGUGAUUCGCAAGAUCGCAGAAGCCGUAUGCCUUUUGUGCAACCGUGACGACGCUCACGCCCUGGGGCUCCAGACUCUCGGCCUCGCCCUGGGCUUCCUCGUCACUCUCGGCGCGCACCCGUUCACUCUCCUCACUGCCUCGUUCGAUCUGCCGCAGCACUCCACGGAGGCCGUGCUGAUGCCGCUUCGCGCGGGUCAGGCCGAGCUCACAGCAGUCGCUGCUGGAGCCAACUCGGCGCUUCAGCUCGGCGGGCUUCUCGGGAAAAUCGUGGGGCACACGCGCACGGCGGCGCAGCAUCCGGAAGACCGGAGUUCGCACCUCUGGCUGGGCUUGGCGGAUCGGCUGCUCCUGCUCGUCAAUUUGCUCCUGACGCAUGCGGCGCACCCCGUCGCGCCUCUCUUUGCUCUGCUUCAGCCGGGAAACCAGGCAGGCAGCUGUCCCUGGGACCUCGCGCCGGAGACUGAGGCCCGCGAGGGCGGGCGCGGAGACGAGGUUGUUGACGAUUUGGACAUUUACGCGGACUUGCAGCCUGCGGAGACUCGCCCACGCUCCGAAACGGAAGACGGCCGCGCCCAAGACACCUCUCGUUCGCCUUGCAGGGCGCAAGCUGGGAAGCUCGAGCCGAAGGAAGACCCUCGGACGGCGCUGCUGCGGCCUCUGCACUCCGCAUUGGAGACGCUCCUGUCGCAGUGCCAGUUGUUCCUGGCUGCGCAGGCUUCUCGGGCCUCGCAUGCCAAGAAGCUGGGAGAAGAGCGACUCCGUCUGGCCGAUCUGGAGAAGAGCAAACGCAUGCGCCUUCUCGCCCAACAAGCGGUCGCGCUGCUCGCCAAGACCGAGGAAACAGAAAAGCGGAUUUUCAUGAUCAAACUGGAGCCGCCGCCUCUGCUGCUCGAAGGCGCCGCCUUUCUGUCCGUCACGUCCUCGCGCUUUCCUGGACUGCGGGAAUGUCUGUUCUGGGGCGGCGAAGACGCGUUUCUCUGGGACAUUGUUGCCCACUGCGACGUCGGUUUCAACAUUUCCGUUCGACGCGCCAACUCGCUCACAGACCCUCUUCUGCCUGUGCCCGCCGCUCAGCCUGUUCGAGAUCACUCUCUCCGCCUAGUCCUCGACGCAGCCCUCGCCGCGAGAGCUCUGGAAAGCAGCGAAGAUUGGUGGUCUGCGGUAAGCCUCGAAGCCAUCGCCUGCGAGGGCCAGAGCCCUGCGCCGCUGGCCGGGGCUGCGCAGGCGGCCGGAGACGCGACCGCGGUCGGGGGUUCUGGAGCCCGAGAGGCAGGUGGCUCUGCAGGUGCGAGCGAGGACGGAAGAGAGAGGAAAGGCGCGCAAGACUCCGACGCUGCGCAGUUGCCCGCAUGGCUCUCUGAUCCGCUUGUUCGGUUCCACCAGGCCGUCAGCGUGCCCGCUCCGGUGGACUGCGCCUCUGGAUCUUUGCCGCCUCCGGCCGCGCCCGGUCGGGCGCCAGGGUACGGCGCGACCGCCCAAGGCGCGUUCCCGUCGGCGACAGCUGGGGCAGCCGGAGGGACGGGCCCUGGCCGGGGCGUUGUAGCCCAAGGGGCCGGGACAGGGCGGUCGCAUGAGGGGCCUGCGGCGGAUCCUUUCCGUUCAAGAACCAAGUCCAGCAGCAGGGCCCCGAGCAAGCACGUGGACGACUACGAGGCUGCGGUUCCCGGCGGGCUGACGUUCCAGAAGAAACCUGCCGCCAUCCCGCCUCCGCCACCCCCUGACGUCUCUGCAGUCCCGUCGCGCGAAGUGUCUCCUCAGGGAGAAGACGGCUCCGCGGGUCAGGGCCCAGCCCUCGCUGCAGGCGCGGUCCCGCAGCCCGGGGCAGGAGCGUCUCCACCGACCGGUGGCGCCGGCGCGCAGGGCUCGCAGGCUGCGCCGGCGUCCCUGCACUCUCCAGGCCCGCAGGCCUUCGCACCUGGAGCGCCUCUGCACAAAGGCCAAGGCCCCUUCUCGAAAGGGACGGAAGACGUGGAAGGCGACGAACAACCUGACGGGCCACAGGCGCCCCCUCCGGGACCUGGAACUCUGCACCAGCCACACGGGGUUCUCGAAGGGGAUCCUUCGUCUCAGUCAACGUAUUCCGCAGUGCAGUCUGAGUCCAUCCCUCAAGUGCCUAGCCAACAACAGCCGUCGCCCUUCCCCCAGCAGCUCCAGCCUGCGGCUGCAGGAUUCGCGGUCUCCGCUACUCCCCGGCCGGCGCUUGUCGGACCAGGAGGCCCCGGGGCAGGAGGCGUCGGAAGUGUGGGGUCUCUGCCGGGGCGAGCGGUGGUCGGAGACAGCCUGGGCCCGAUGUUCGCGCCCGGAGGAGCGCCUGGGCUGCAGGCGUCUCACCAGGCCUUCCCGGCUUCCCAACUUCCCGCUUCGGGUCUCCAGCACGUGGCUGCGGGCCCGUUUCUCCCUCAGCCCGGAGUUGUUCCCCGGGGUGGCGGGGCGCCUGGCGCGGGGCUCGUCGGCGAAGCGGCCCUCGGGCUCUCUGUACACCCCGGGACGCACCCCGGGGUGACCGUGCAGCCGCAUGGGGGUGCGCCGCAGCAGAUACCGUCUUCGUCGUUCCCCCUGGGCCACCACGCUGGCUUCCUGCCACCCCACCUGAGUGGCGAUCCGGGGGCCGGGGCAUAUGGCCUGCCAGGGCAGGGGACCGCCCGGGGCCUGGGGCCCGUGGGAGACCCCGGCAGGCCCGAAGCUGCAGCGCGAGACAGAGAAGGUUUGCACGCCAGCGGCAGCGACACCUUAGGCGCCUUGCCAGGAGGGCCGACCAGUGUCCCCGGAAGGCCCGCAGGGGGCGUCGGCGCAGAGGAGCAGGGUCUGGACGCUGUGCCAGGGUGGAAAGAAUUCGCAGCCGACGGCCUGCGGGAAAAUAUGGAUGUGGCCAAACUUGCACAGCAUCCUGAGCUCCUCAAAGAUCCGCGGAUCAAGUCGCGGUUUAUGCGUCUGCUGAGCCGACAUGAACAAAUCAAAAAUCUCUUCCGCAUGCUCGGCCUGGACGUCUGA